AUGCCCCCAAACUCCUACCCCGCACAGGACUCGUCCGCCCGCGCAGACGCACCGGCAGGCCCCCGCGACCGUGCAGAUCGAGAUCGAGAACGAGACAGAGACAGAGACCGGGGCAGCAGCAGCGGGGCAGGCGGCAGCAGCGAGCGGGACAGGGACAGAAAACACGGCAGAGACGCCUCCAAGCAUGGUCGCUCGUCCAACCGCAUACUGGGCGAUUAUACCCUCACAAAGACCCUCGGUGCUGGCUCCAUGGGCAAGGUCAAGCUCGCCAUUCACAACCCUACCGAGGAAAAGCUCGCUGUCAAAAUCCUCCCCCGCGCUCAGCCCCCUCCCCCCAAUGCCCCCGCCGACCCGAAGCAGGCUCAAAAGGACGCGGCCAAGGAGGUGCGCACGCUGCGCGAGGCGGCGCUUAGUAUGCUGCUGCACCACCCGCACAUCUGCGGGAUGCGCGAGAUGAUCGUGCACGCCCACCACUACUACAUGGUCUUCGAGUACGUCGACGGUGGCCAGAUGCUCGACUACAUCAUCGCCCACGGCCGUCUCCGCGAGCGCGUCGCCCGCAAGUUCGCCCGCCAGAUCGGGAGCGCGCUCGAGUAUUGCCACAUGAACAAUGUCGUUCAUCGGGACCUUAAGAUCGAGAAUAUUUUGAUUUCCGAGUCGGGCAACAUCAAGAUCAUCGACUUUGGCCUCUCCAACCUCUUCGACCCCGUCUCCACCCUCGGCACAUUCUGUGGUUCCCUCUAUUUUGCAGCACCUGAGCUCCUCAAUGCGCGGGCGUACACAGGACCCGAAGUCGACGUCUGGAGUUUUGGUGUCGUGCUGUAUGUUCUGGUGUGCGGGAAGGUGCCGUUUGAUGAUCAAAGUAUGCCUGCGUUGCAUGCCAAGAUCAAGAGAGGGCUGGUCGAGUACCCGGUUUGGCUGAGUGCUGAAUGCAAACACCUUCUCUCCCGCAUGCUCGUCACCAACCCCGCCGCCCGCGCCCCCCUGUCCGAGGUCCUCUCCCACCCGUGGAUGACCCGCGGCUUCGGUGGCCCGCCCGCCUCGCAUGGGCUCCCACGCAUCCCGCUCAAGGCGAACGACGUCGACCCCGCCGUCGUCGCCCGCAUGCGCGGCUUCUCGUUCGGCGAGCCAGACGACAUCGAGCGCCGCCUGCGCGACGUGCUCAACAGCGACUCGUACAAGCGCUCCGUCGCCGCCUUCGAGCGCAAGCGCGGCUGGGGCUCGGGGAGCUCGUUCGACGGGUCGAACGGCAACGGCGGGGGCGUGUCGAGCAGCAGUCUCGCAUUGUCGUUUGACAGCCGCGAUUCGCACGGGAAUGCGCCCGGGUCGGCGAAGAAGAAUAAGCGGUUUAGUGGGCUCGGGCUUGACUUUGCGAGGCGGAAGCUGUUUUUGCCUGGAAGUAAUGCGGGCUCGCCGCCUGGAUCGCCGUCUGCGAGCCCGCCGACGUCGACCUCGGCUGUGCAUCUUCUUGCCGCGGGCGCGAACGGUGUGGCCGCGCACGAGCAGGACCCGACGCACGGCUUUCACCCGCUCGUGUCGAUGUAUUUUCUCGCGAGGGAGAAGAUGGAGCGCGAGCGCGUGUUUGGGCCGGGCGCGUUCGCGAGCUCGCAGGCGGAGCUGCACGCGCAGCAUCAUGCGCAAGCGUUCUCGGCUGCUGCGUCGGCUGCUGCGUCUGGUAUGCCGUCGCCCGGCAAUGCGAUACCCGGUGUGGGCACGCAGCCGCCGCAUGCGUUCGUGGCUGCGCCUGGUAAAGGCAGAGCGUCCGUCGACGGUGACGCGGAUGUGGACCCUGAGGACGCUGCGCUCGGUCUUGGGAAGGGUGUCAGCGCGCCCGGGCCGGCGCGGAACAGCACGGUCCGUGCGCCGGCGGACGCGCUGGGCAAUAGGGCGGACUAUAGCAUGCCGCUGCCAAGGCUACCGCCGCCUGAGACGUCGCAUUACUCGGGCCGUGCGCUCGAUCCGGGGAGCGCGGCGGGCGGGGUGCCGCCGAGUCCGAGUCCGACGGCGCCGCAGUUCCAGGGGGUGCCGAGGGCGAGGGAUGUGGGGAUGGAGGUGCCGCCGAGUCCGGCGCCGACGAGUGCGAGUGCGACGGCGAGAGUGGGGAUGCCGAAGGCGCCGCAUGCUGCGCCGCAUCGGAGGAGCCAUUCUGUGUCGACGCAGCAGCAGCAGCAGCUGGCGCAACAGCAGCAGCAACAGCAGGGAGCGGGGACGCCGAGGGUGCCGUUGCUUAACCUUGCGAAUGUGUUCAGCGGGGGCGGGCCUGCGAGCGCUGGGCCUGCGCCUGGACGGAAUUCGAUGGUCGAGGCGCGCAGGCCUGGCGAUAUUGCUAUGAUGAACGAGGGUGUCGCUGCUUCGAGCGGGCCGAAGACCGCCGGGCCGGAGGUGGGCAGUGGCGGGUUCGCUGCUGCGCAGGAGCAGGCUGCCGCCGCGAGUGCGGCGGAGAAGGAGAGGGAGAGGGAGGAGUUUGGUGGGCAUGCGGGAGGGGGAGGAGGAGGGAGCGCGAUGGGCGGGCUUGUGCGCAAGUUUGGCACGUUGCUCGGUGCGCGGGAUCAUUCGGGGAAGCAUCAUCAGGGGAGCAUUGGUAGGCGGACGACGAUGUUUGGGGCUGUUGGUGGUGGGCAUCACCAUGCGGCGGCGGAGCAGGAGAAGGUGUCGACGGACAGUCGUCAGGCCGAGGAGAAGGAGAAGGAGCAGCAGCCGGCGCCGCCAAAGGUUUCGGUGACCGAGCCGGGCGAGGUUGUCGAUGAGAAAACGCCGCAGCAGUCUCAGCAGCAGCAGCUUCCGUCGUCGACCCCGUCGACGCCUACGCAGCGCCCCCAGGCGCGCACGCUUACCACGUCCGUUUCGCAGCCUCUCGGCACCAACGCCGGAGUUCAUCGUCGCGCGGCGACCAUCCUUGACCCUUCAGGUCGCGCUGCGCGCCACGAGCGGCGCUCGUCGACGGGCGGCGCGCUGCUGCCUGGGCUUGCGCAGCUCGGUGGCACGCUCGGACGGCACAGGAGGCCGAGCACCGGGUUUGGUGGGACAGCGAGGCCUGGGACGGCUGGGGGUGCGUUUGGGAGGACGGACGAGGUGGACGAGGAGGCGCAGGCUGCCGGAAAUGAGGCGCAGGAGGGUGCUGCUGCUGGAGGGAAACGUGAAGGGGCUGGGGCCGGGUAUGAUACGGAGGCGGAGAGCGGGGCGGAGGGGGUGCAGGGGGAUAAGGACUUUAAGCAGGUGCAUUUGAAGGGGCUGUUUAGUGUGGCGACGACGUCGACGAAGCCACCUGGCGUGCUCAAGGCGGACAUUCGGCGCGUUCUCGACCGGAUGCAGGUCCACUACCGCGAGACCAAGACCGGGUUCGAGUGUGUCCAUACGCCGUCUAUUGUUCCGCAGGGCUCGUCUUCCGUUUCUGGCGCCGCGGGUAGCUCGUCCCAGCACAACGGCGGUACGCAGUACCAUGCAGCUACGCUCGGCGGGUCCGUCACUGCGCCGCCAACGCCACGCCCGAGCACGCAGAGGCGGCCGAGCAGCAUCGCGAGCAGCGACACGAACCAGACGGGCAAGCGUUCGGUGGUGAAGAAGGCGAGCAAGCUCUCGUUUGGGAUACGCUCGCGCGACAAGGGUGGCAAGGACAAGCACAAGGAGCAGCAGGACCGCGACCAGGACUCGGUGCGGACGACGACGCCGACGCCCGCGAUCGCGGACAAGGACCUGCCGACGCGCCCGUCGGGCGCCAGUGUGCUCAGCCCGAACGCGAGUAGUGGUUCAUCGUCGUUCUUCAAUCCCGCUGCGGACAACAACGGGAGUGUGAACGGGGCGGGGCUCUCUGCGCCGAUCAGCACCGCUUCGGGCGCGAGCGACGGCGAGGACGGGGACGGCGGGAGCACCGUUGAGAAUGGGACGGUUGCCACUGCUACAUCUGGGCUGGACGGGACUGGGUUCAGCACCACGGACGCGGGGUCGACGCUGUACGAGGAGCCGGGCCAGAUGCAUACGUUGAGGCCGGGGAGUAGGUCGAGUGGCGGCAAGAUUUUGCCGCCUAUUCCGAGGGAUUUUGCGUUUGGGCAGGGACCACAAGGGCAAGGGCAGCAGAGCCAGCAGCCGUUCCCGACGGGCGCUGUGGGUCCGGAUGUGUUUGAGAGUAUGGGUGCGAACACGCUCAGUGUGAGGUUUGACGUGAACAUUCUCAAGGUGCCCUGGUUGCCGCUGCAUGGGAUCCAGUUCCGUCGUGCGGGCGGAGACGGGUGGCAGUACCAGAUGCUGGCUAGGCGGGUGCUCACGGAGCUGAAGCUAUAGUCUUUGCUCUUUCCCCGUCUUUGCUCUUCUUCUCGCUCGAUAUUCCCAAACGAACCGCCGUUCGUUCUCUCUCUCCCUCCUCAAACACCCGACUUUACCCCGCUUUUGGUUUCUUUGACGACAUGAACGCAGCUUACGCCCCUCAGCCCCUUCAAUUCACGGAUGCUCAGGAAGGAAACCACGACGUUCCUCAAAUCACACCAAAUGACGCCCGCUGGGUUUGAUAUCCAGCGACGCGAAUCUACCCUCUUCUGGCUCGCUCGUUUGCUGACAGCUUUAUGCCUUGCUUACUGUGCUGUGCUAUGUGAUAUAUAUAAUCCAGGGUUCUUCUCUUGAACACGGACAACGGUUCUUUCGCACCAACGGUCAUCGAUAUCGAUUCAUCUCUCAACUCUCGCUCUUACCCCUAAUACAAUACUCGUUUCAUGGUCUGUCUUUCGACUCUCAUGCGCUUCACUCUCUUUUUGCCUCGUCAAGUUUCAUCUUAGUCCUAGUCUUAACCUUUUCUUAGCUUACUCGUUCGUCUGCGUUUUCGUUAGUCUUACUCUCUGCGAUGCUUUUAUUCUCCUGGUGUCUGGCUCCUCUGGCUACUUUUUUUUUUCACGUCUAUUGAAUUAGAAAUCAG